CUGAGGGCCAGGGUCAGCAGCCAGCAAACUGUACAGUCGCGGUGCAGUAUCAGUCAGUGACUAGACAGCCGCCUGCCGGGCCGGCCGCAGAGUACUGUGAAUCGUACAGUAGCUGUUAGUGACAUGGUGUUCCCGGACGGUGAUUCCUUCAAGCAGAGCCCCUCUAUGCCGGCUACCAUCAAUAUAGAAGAGGAGCUGAGUACAGGCAGCGAGAGAGGAGCCUGGUUCAUUCCUCGGCCUGCGCUGUGCCGCGACUCUACCACCUGCACGUGUAACACGCCUGACAGACAGGCGGCACGCUCUAUCCGCACUGUUAAUGAGUGGCUGAGUCCAGCCAGCACACCUUCUAGCAAGUCUAGUACACAGAGUGGUUCAUCAGGAACACUUCUGCUAACAGCAGCCAAUCUGGCCGCUCUGCGACUAGAGCAAGCACAUAUCCAGCAUGCAGCAGAGAAACCGUUGGACACUGUGUCCAUAGCGUCGUCUACACACUUCACGGUGGUCAACGGCAUGUCACGCAAGCCCCGGCAGACGACAGCAGACUGUUGCCGGACCUGCCACAAACAUCAGUUGACCGCUGUCGUCCUGACUAUGUGUGGUCUUUUCCUUGUCGGUCUAUGUCUCGCAGUCUACUUUAUUGACAUGAGAGCCCGGGGUACACUGAGCUGAACAAACGGCAGAAAUUAAAAUAAACAGUAUUAAAUAUUAAUAAAGACACCGGUGUCUUAUAUAUAUAUUUAUUGAACAAUAUAAAACUCUAUGUAUAUAAAUAAUGACUGUUAGUAAACAAGACACUGUGAUUUUCUGUAGACGUCAGUAGUAGACACCUAGUGUUGGUAGUGAAUGUAUUCUAUUGUGUAAUUGUGUUUGUGUCUGUUUGAUAUUAAACAACAUAAUUAUAAAAUC